UUUCUUCUUUCUCAUUCUCAUGUAGUCAUAUCAUAUCCUCCCCACGCCCGCUGUCCCCCGUCCAUCCAUUCCCUCUCUUUACACUGUUGUCUUCUAUCUCUUCCGCUUCUCCACUCUUCUCUUUCCUUUCUCCAUUAACUAUUUCUUCCACCAAAAAAGCUGCUCUGAUCUGCUACCUCUUUUCCACUUUUUCACCUACAAAUUUUUUAUUUUAAACAAAACCCUCUCUCUCCCUCCGAUUCUCCAUCUAUUUCUCCCCACCUUUUAUUACCAUUAUUAUUAUUACUUUAAAAACCCUUCUCUCCCAAUCUCCCAUCCAUCUCUAUAUGCACAGAAUUGAAGCAAGCAAAGAUGGAUGAACUGUAUGGAAUUCAUUCUGUGCUUGCACCUUCAAAUGCUCCUUCCAAUAACAAUAAUAAUGUGUUUAGUCUUGGAGUUGAUGAUAUUCACCAUCAUCAUAAUCAUCAUCAUCAAAGUAGUAUGAUGAAUGGGGGGAUUGUGAUCAGUGGCGAUGAGGGUCAACUACAAGGUCAACAUCAUCAUCAUCAUCAUCUUCUGGUUACCAGUAGUAAUGAUAAUUACUAUAACAGUGAUGAGAAUAGUAAAGGAGGAGGAGGGGGUGUUGAGAUGAUGUCAGAUGUUGUAAAAGCACAGAUUGCCAGCCAUCCUCUUUAUCCCAACUUAGUAUCGGCCUAUAUUCAAUGCAGAAAGGUUGCAGCACCUCCAGAAAUGGCUGCACUUCUUGAAGAACUGAGCAAAGUGACCCAGCCCAUCACCACAGCUGAGAUUGGUGCUGAUCCUGAACUUGAUGAAUUCAUGGAAUCAUACUGUGAAGUUUUGUACAAAUACAAAGAAGAGUUGUCAAAGCCCUUUGAUGAAGCCAAGACUUUCUUGAGUAGCAUAGAGUCUCAGCUCAGCAACCUCUGCAAAGAUACCUUUCCCACCACCUCCUUCAACUCCUAUCACUCUGGUGAUGAAGCGGGUGGUACAUCAGAAGAGGAUCUAAGCUGCGGGGAAGUGGAAGUAGCAGAAAGUCAAGAGUAUCUGAACAAUAAUAGCGAGGGUGACCAGCAGAUUAAAGAAAUGCUGAUGCGAAAGUACAGUGGAUAUCUUAGCAGUUUGAGGAAGGAAUUCUUGAAGAAGAGGAAGAAAGGAAAGCUCCCAAAGGAUGCAAGGGUUGCACUGCUAGACUGGUGGAAUUCCCACUACAGGUGGCCAUACCCCACGGAAGAGGAGAAGAAUAAGUUAUCAGAGGCGACAGGGUUGGACCAAAAGCAGAUAAACAACUGGUUUAUAAACCAAAGGAAGCGGCACUGGAGGCCCUCGGAAGACAUGCGAUUCGCUCUCAUGGAAGGGGUAAGCGGCGAUGUUGCAGGAUCCAUGUUCUUUGAUGCAGGUGGAGGAACUGGAAAUCUUGGCAUUUGAAAUAGGUGAAUGAUAUAUAUAGCUAGUGCCAUGCUAGUAUGCUCAAAAUUGUGUCCAUAUAAAGAUUCUCAUGUUUAUUGCAGCUAGCUGUUUAAAUCAUAUGGAGUAACAUUAUAUUCUAUGAGAGUUCCUUAUUUUUUUGGUACA